AUGAAAAAAAUUACAUCACGUUGGGUAUCCCAUCAACUGACUGAUGAACAAAAGCAAGAACGUGUUAAACUUGGUCGUGAAAAUUUGGCGAAAUUUCGUAAUGAUUCCUGGAGAUUAUGUGAUACUAUAACAGGUGAUGAGACGUGGAUUUACCAUAAGCAGAUUGGUCACAAGUCAAGCAAUACAAGCUGGGUUAAUGAAGGUGAAUCACUAGCAACUAUUGUUCAUCGAAGUAAAUUUGAACCAAAAAAUUUAUUUUGUAUACUCUUUAAAUCAAAUGGUCCUGUUCUCAUACAUGCUGUUGAUAAUGACGAGACUAUAGAUCACAUUUCUUAUAUACAAAACUGCCUUAAGUCUACUGUUAAUGAAACAUGGAAACAAAGAAAGUCAAAUGAUACAAAAGGUAUAAAAUUGCUUCAUGAUAAUGCUGGACUCCAUUGUCAUUCAGAUGUUAUUAAUUAUUUAACAGAAGAACGUAUCAAUAUAAUGCCGCAUCCACCAUAUUCACCUAACCUUGCACCGUGUGAUUAUUAG